AUGAGGGCACUCACUGCAGCAAGGACAUCACUCUGUCCGCGGCCGCAGUGCCAUCUUCCGUGCUGGCCGGCAUGCCGUGAGGCCAGUAGCAGUGCCAUCAGUGCUGUCGACCUCACCUUCUCCGAAUCACCGCGGCGGACGUUCAGCGUCUUCCGGCCGGCUCAGGACGAGGGAUAUACCCAUUCCCACCCCCAAGAUCACCAACAUCAACGCGCGCGGACUCGCAAGCGCCGGCCUCCCGCAACGAUCACGCCUGACCCACCACCAAUACCUCCCCUUCCUCCCCAACCGCGCAACCUCGACGCAGCCCUCAACGCCCUUCCCCCAGCCUUCCUCGCACACCCACCCAACACUGGGCCGCAUGGAUUGUCUACGCUCCUCCGUCUCCCUGCCUCUACCUCUGCCCUUGCCCGCUUGCUUCCCGCCAUCACCUCCCCAGUCGAACCCAGCGCAACAGGUUACAACCAGAGGCUGCGCGCACUAGGCUGGUACGCGCAAGCGGUUCUGCGAGCCCACGCACUCACUUAUAUCCGGCCUGUGGUAGACGAGGCCCUGGAUGUUCUCGCCGCCGCGACACAACUUGAUAUCAAGAAUGGGGCGGAUGCGGUUGAACGCGGAAUCGCACGGUACCACCGCUUCCUCCGAGCCCUGGCGGGCACCAACCCCGCGACCGAUUUACCAGCCGCGGUCCAGGACGAGAUGGCUCGUGUUGUCUCUUCCCUCGUCUCCGUGUUAGAGGGCAUGACGCCGCCGGCUACCCUUGCCGCCCGACCCGCGAGCUUCAACGCUCUUCUGUCUACUCGCCUCCUUGCCCCGACAACCAUCGGGCCCAUCCUGGCGCACGCGAAGAGGUGGAAACUGGAGCUCUCGUCGUCUCAAUGGCUUGCGGUGGCCACGGUUGGCCUCCAAGCCGGGCGGCACGAGGGUGCACUGAGGGCCCUGUCCCAUGCUGCCGGCAGCGAUUCCACAGCCCGCCACCGCCUCAUGGCAGCCGAAGGCGUGGCGUCGCUCGUCGAGGCUGUCAAACUGCUCGAGCCGUUUGUGGCUGGUCUGCUUGUGGAUACAGCCGCGGGCGAAACCGGAGCAGGAAGGAAGGCUGUGGACAGCGCCAUUGCAGACCCGACAACCUCUACACGCGCCUGGUCGAUCCUUCUAUCCCGUGUGGCAGCCGAUGACUGUGUAACCGCCAAGCAGCUGUCCACUCUCGUGUCCCAGGUCCCCGAUGCCAUGGCAGUCAGCCACACCCUCACACCCGUCAUGCGCGGCCUCGUACAGCGCGGCGACAUCGUCGCGGCCCGGCGCAUCUGGCGCGACGUCCAGAACAGCUACCAAGCGGCGGGUGAGGGCCGCGCUGCCUUAAUCGACGCCGCUGCGCUCUCCGUCGGGGCCGAGGUGCAGUUCACGCGCCCCAACGGCCUCACGCACGCUCUCAAGGCGGUCGACUACUACGCUUGGCGCCCGCGGCGUGGGCACCGUGUCGAAUCUCCCCGGCCGGCAGGUGGCCGCGCGGUUCGACUCGAUACGCAGGCACUCAACGUGCUCAUCUCACUCGCCUCGCGAGCUGGCCAGCCUGGCGUCGCGUUUAGGCUGUGGGAGGCGGGGCUCCCGCGGUGGGACGUGGUCCACGACGACAUCUCCCUCACGCUCAUCCUGGAAUGUGCGUUAAUGUGUACCGAACGCGGCUUCGACCCUGGCAUGGACAGUUUCCGCGGACGUCUGCGCGCGCUCGCUUCAGCGCUCCACUCAACCCCAACCACUUACCAAAGUAAGGAGGUGGACUGGCGCUCGGCGCCGAUCACGGCCCUUCUCGACCCGCCACGGUACAGUUGGCACGAAGAACACGGCGGUCAGCAACCGUGGGCCCGCGCGCGCGCCCUCUUUCGGACCGUGGUUCUCGGCAACUGGCCGGGCCUCGCCGAUGUGCCAUCACCACUCGGCGCCAGGUCUUUCAUGGGUCUCGUGGAUCUUAUCUCCCCGCGCGCUUUCCCUGCGGCCUCCACCUGCCCGCCACCAGCGUCUGGCGCGAACUACGCACACAUCAUCCCGAGUGCUCGGACGUGGGAGGUAUACAUGUCCCUACUCCGGCAGUACGGAGUGGAGUUCGGCGACGAGGCGGCGGUGGUCGACGAAGUGGCCCGGGGGCUGGGGUGGAUGAGGGCUCUAGGCACUAAGCCGACAUGGCGCACGACGCUUGAAGCGCUCAUGCACGUCGGCGAGCACGAGGGUGCUCGGAGGCGGGUGCGGAUCCAUGGGCGCACUGUGCUUGCACGUGAUGAGGAGAUCCUCCGUGCCUGGCUGGGCGAGUGGCUGCCCGCUGUUCCUAGCGAGAGCGACGUGGCGAACUUCCGCCGCAAAAUCUCCAGCCAGUGA